GUUUCUCUUGACUUUUCUCUGAUUAUUAUUAUUAUUAUUAUUAUUAUUAUUAUUAUUAUUAUUAUUAUUAUUGUUUCAUUUUUCCUGUGAAAUACUGGAUACUUUCACAUCUUUAGGCCACAUAAAUUCUUCAAAUGAGGGAAUACAAAAUGAACAAACUACUCAAAACUCCAAGGGUGGACAAUAGUCCAUUUAAAGGAUCACAAGCAUAAAAGGUUAAAGUUUGAUGGAAUUCCACACAAAACCAACACUAACUAGAAUUUUACAAAGAUAUCAUUUAUGACAAGACUGUUGUAUUGUUGUAUCCGUAUUUCAGUAUUUCAGCCGGCUGAAGUCACACAUCACAUGGAGGAAUGAGUAAAGAUUAUUCUUGCCUACUGUUUCCUCCUGUGUUAGACGGUUCUGCACCUGUUUGAUGUCAUUGUUGGACUGUGUCGUUGGUCCAGUAGGUAUUGGUUCACAGCGCCUACAGGCUGCUGCUGCUGCUGCAGAGACUCCACAAGGCGGACUUCAGGCUACUUUCCAUACACUAGGACGCCGCGGAUGACAACAGAAACCCUGUUCACAGAUCCGAGACAACGGACACUACCUGUGAAAAGCGCGAUGUCUUCUCCCAACGCUACCUCCAAACCUCUGAACAUCCUGGCGUCCAAGAGAAAGACGAAGAAGAAACACUUCGUGCAGCAGAAGGUGGAGGUUUUCCGAGCCAGUGACCCCGUGCUGAGCGUGCUGAUGUGGGGAGUCAAUCAUUCGAUUAAUGACCUGAGCCAGGUGCCUGUACCUGUCAUGCUGCUUCCGGACAACUUCAAAGCCAGCACCAAGAUAAAAGUUAACAACCACCUCUUCAACAAAGAGAAUCUUCCUGGACAGUUCAAAUUCAAAGAGUACUGUCCACAGGUGUUCAGAAACCUGAGAGAGCGCUUCGGCAUUGAGGACCAAGAUUACCAGGUGUCUCUGGCCCGCAGUCCUCCCCUCAAGGACGAGGAGGGGCAGUGCAUGGGGCUGCUGCUGACAUCGUACGACCGCACUUUGGUAGUAAAAGAAAUCUCCAGCGAGGAGGUGGAGGAAAUGCACAACAUCCUCUCUGAGUAUCACCAGCAUAUCGUCACCUGCCACGGCAAUACUCUGCUCCCUCAGUUCUUGGCCAUGUAUAGAGUCACUGUGGAGAGCGAGGACACCUACCUGUUAGUCAUGAGGAACAUGUUCAGCCACAGACUGCAUGUACACAGGAAGUACGAUCUCAAGGGGUCCCCGGUGUCUCGAGAGGCAAGUUUUAAAGAGAAGGUCAAAGAGCUGCCCACUUACAAGGACGUGGACUUCAGGAAUAACAUGCAGAAAGUUUACAUGAGCGAAGAGGAGAAAGAGAAGAUCAUGGACAAGCUCAACAGAGAUACUGAGUUUCUGGUGCGCAUGAGAAUGACGGACUACAGCCUGCUGCUGGGCAUCCACGACGUUGAGCGGGCUGAGAGGGAGGAGGAAGAGGAGGAGGAGAUGGAAUCGUCCAAUGAGGAGGAUGGGGAGGAUGAAAAUGGCCUGGCUCCUACCCACGGCUCCACCUCACCUGAAGGCAUCGCCGGCUACAUGAACUCCUUCAAACCCAUGGGUCCCGGGGAGUUUGACCCAUACGUGGAUGUGUACGCUAUUCAGAGCGCUGUAGGCGCGCCCCAGAGGGAGGUGUAUUUUAUGGGCCUGAUUGAUGUGCUGACGCAGUACGACACCAAGAAGAAAGCUGCUCACGCUGCCAAGGCUGUCAAACAUGGGGCGGGAGCAGAAAUGUCAACAGUUCAUCCAGAGCAGUAUGCAAAACGUUUCAGAGAGUUCAUCGCUAAGAUCUUUGCCUAGUGCAAAGAUUCAGUCCUCUCAUCACUUAAUAUAAGAGGAGUCUCACUAUGCAAUAUUUAACACCAUAUCAAAUCAACACUGAAAAUUUACUGUUAACUUCUAAAUGAUUUAUGUGCUUUUUGAGUAUUUACCUGCCACAUUAUUGUGAUACAAUGGGCUGUGCUUCUAUUUUGAGUGAAGAGCUGUAAUUUGCAAACAGGAAGAAAAGGUCUCCCUGGAAAACUCAUUGCUGUCAAUGGAUUUCUUUUGUUUUCAGUUAAAGGUGCUAUAUGUAAGUUUAUGCUAUUGAUACAUAGCCAAGAUUAGCACUGACAGCUGUUUACUUACCAGUCUAGAAGAAAUGUUGUGAGUUCAGCCUCAAACUUCUUUCCUGUACUUGCCAAGAGCUGUCUGUCUUGUCUUCGAUGUAUCUAUUUGUCUUCUUGGCAGCAUUACUUCUUCCUCCUGUCAUUUUGGACUGAGGGCAGACUGGACACUACAGUGACUCACUGUUGCCUCUUGAGGUACAAAGUGGUAUCAGGGGGAGGGACAGCUCAAGGCUAGCCAGUUAGCAUGCUAAUUUCAGUAGUUUUCAGCACAACAUUAAAAACUUUUAUUUCUUCACAAUCUGUUGAUAAUUAUUGUUGAUUUUUAAAAGUUUUAAACUAAAAUACUCACAUAUAGCACCUUUAAAGUUUUCCCAUUGAUGAAAAUAAGAAUAAGGAAAUAAGUUGAGCUCACUGGGCAAAUCUGAAGGGACUCAAUUAGGAAUAAUAACAUUUUAAUUUCCUAUUUAGUACCAAUGUUUGAUAAAACUGUCUGACUCCAUCUUUAGCCACAUACUGUAUAUCAAAAGGAAAACUGAAUGAUAUUUAUAAAUCUUCUGUGAUUAAAUGAAUAGGUAAAGCCAUUGGAAAUGUUUCCUUUGGAAUGUAUCAUCAAUAAUGAUAUUCUGAUUAUAUGUAUUAAAACCCAUUUUCACAAAAGGUAUAGCAGACUGUUAAUUUAAUCACAGACUGUACACUAACCAGCAACCUUAGUA